AUGACGGGGCUUGCCGAAGUGCUCAAAUGCGCCAUCCCCGUGAUCCAGGCGCCCAUGGCGGGCAUCCUGACAGUGAAGAUGGCCGCUGAAGUCACCACCGCUGGUGCUCUCGGCUCGCUUCCUUUUGGCAGCCACGACCUUUCCAAGUCGAUUGCGCUGAUCCAGAAGACGGUAGCCGAAUACAAAUCGUUGAUUGACGUCGAGGCCGAACAGGUGAAAGGCGACCGGUUGCGUGUCAACUUGAAUUUCUUCUACCACGACAUUUACAAGCCACCCACGGAAAAGCAACAGCAGACGUGGUUUGACGCCUACAGGGACUACCAGCCCAACCGCGACAAAGUAUCGUUUGCCAAUGGUAAUGUCCUGUUUAAGGAACUCGAGGAGAACGCCCCGUUGUUGUGUGACUUCUACGAAUGGCUCCAGGACGAGAAGCCGGCGAUGUUGUCGUUCCACUUUGGCUGUCCUCCUAAGGAAGUGAUCAGUCAGCUUCAGCGUACCAGUGUGGUGAUGGUGACAGUUACGAAUAUUGACGAAGCCUACGAAGCCUUUGGCGUCGGCGUUGAUGGUGUAGUGGUACAAGGAUGGGAGGCCGGUGGCCACCGCGGUACGUUUAUGAGCGAGCUGGAAAAGCGUCAGCUGACGUGGGAGUUGUUCACUCUGGUGAAACCGAUUUUCAAAGACCGCUACGUCGUCCCCGCCGGUGGUAUUGUUACCGUUGACGACGUCCAACGGUUUAUUGAUGCCGGCGCCGAUAUGGUGCAAAUGGGCACUGCCUUUUUAUUAUGCCCUGAACUGAACUCUAAUGCCUAUAUCCGGACCCAGCUUGAUCGCCGGUUACCCACACAAAUGGUAUCGUUCAUUUCGGGUAAACCAGCACGGUGUGUGGCCACUCCGUUCAUUGAGAGUCUUCAAGUGAAACUGGGUCAUUUGGAUGUGCCUUACGGCUACAUGUACCUGGCGUAUAAGCUGUGGGUUGGUGACGUCAAAAACCCGGAAUACGCCUUCUACUUGGCGGGGGAUAAAUGGAGACUCGCCGAGAACGGGGUUCCUGCCGCCGACAUCGCUAAGAAAUUCAGCCACAUCGAUGUGAAAAAGGAAACCGCUAAUCUCAAACGGAGCUACAAUGAAGUGGCUCAGUCUCUGGAAGACCCGCAAAACCAAAAGGAUAAUUAG